GUAGGCUAAACAGUUUGUAAGAACCUCCAGAAGAGGUUGACUGUACCCAAGAAAAGCUUGGAGCUAUGGAGGAGCUUCUACUGCCCACAGAAGGCGGGGAGGGACUCUCGAAUAAUAAUUCAUUUUCUGAAAGAGGAGGCUCUGGAGAGAAAACAAUGUACGAAUUUGUCAACAAUUUUCGCCAUGGGACUUUAGUUGCUGAUUUCAGACUGUGGCUGAGGGAGUACGUGAAGCGUAACGGCUUGCUGACACUAUCUGUCUUUGCCGUGGUGACGGGCUGUUUCCUGGGGUUCAUAUUAAGAGGGAGCCAUCUUUCUACCCAGGCUAAGAUCUAUUUCUCCUUCCCCGGAGAGCUUCUCAUGAGAAUGCUCAAAAUGCUUAUUCUUCCCCUAAUCACGUCCAGUUUAAUGUCAGGCCUGUCGUCCAUGGAGUCCAAAGCCUGCUGUCGUAUGGGUGUUCUGACUGUGACCUACUACCUGUGGACCACAUUCAUUGCAGUGGUGGUGGGCAUCCUGCUGGUGAUUGUCAUCAAGCCUGGAGUGGGAACCGAAAUGGACAGCAACAGGUUAGGAGGGGGCCCCGUCAUGACAUCAGCUGAUGCCCUGCUGGAUCUCAUCAGGAAUAUGGUUCCAUCCAAUCUCAUCGAAGCAACAUUUCAACAGUACAAAACAGACCUGAUCCCUAUCCUCAAAGUCUCCAGGGUCACAGUUCAGCCCAACUUUGUGUACAUCGUGCCUGACGAAAGUGACCCCAGCGGCCGUACUGUGUUCCUGGAGCUGACUCCACCCCCUGAGGUCCACUACAAGACCAGCCCUGGAAGCAGCCAUCAGAUGAACGUGUUGGGCAUCGUCAUCUUCUCGGCCACCAUGGGGCUGUUGCUUGGGAAAAUGGGCCAGAGAGGAGCACCUCUCGUUAGCGUGUGUCAGUGCAUCAACGAGUGUGUAAUGAAGAUCAUCAACGCAGCAGUUUGGUAUUUUCCAUUUGGGAUCAUAUUUCUUGUUGCCGGAAAGAUUUUGGACAUGCAGGACCCGUCCACCCUGGGGAAGAAACUGGGCUGGUACACGAUCACGGUCCUGGCUGGCCUGUUCGUACACGGCCUCAUCCUCCUCCCCUUGUUUUUCCUCAUCCUCACUCGCAAAAACCCCUUCACAUACAUCAGAGGACUGCUCCAAGCCUUGGUUAUAGCCCUGGCCACCUCCUCAAGUUCUGCCACUCUGCCCAUCACUAUGAAGUGCUUGCUGGAGAACUGCCAUGUGGACCGGCAGAUAGCUCGUUUUGUGCUGCCUGUGGGGGCCACCAUCAACAUGGACGGAACGGCUCUUUACGAGGCCGUGGCGGCCAUCUUCAUUGCCCAGGUCAACGAUUAUGAGCUGGACUUUGGCCAGCUGGUCACCAUUAGCAUCACAGCGACUGCUGCCAGCAUAGGAGCCGCUGGGAUCCCCCAGGCUGGCCUUGUCACCAUGGUGAUUGUGCUGACAUCAGUGGGCCUGCCGCCAGAUGACAUCACUCUCAUUGUGGCCAUCGACUGGGUGCUGGACCGCUUCCGGACCAUGGUCAACGUGCUUGGAGACGCCUUGGCGGCAGGAAUCAUUGGCCACUUAUGUCGGAAAGACUUCCCUCGCAGUGGUAUUGGAAAGUCUCAGCCUUCCUAUGGAACACAGAACAAGCACAACUCCCACGACGCACAGAACGGAGUACCUAUGACUCAGCUACCACUGCACAAGCAGGACUGCUGCUAUGAGGUGAUGGAGGACGCGGCCAACGAGAGGCCCACCAUCUAUUACAACAUCUGUCAAGUUUGAGUCAUGAAGACACUUGCCUCAAAUGCUGCAGGGAUUUUUUUGGAGCACUUUUAACCCCUUGUGCCAUGGAAGUAUACUGAACUAAUGUAUUCCUGAUGUCACCUCUAGUCUUUUUGUGACCGAAUGUUGCGUGACUGAACAUUUUGUUCUGCUUUGAUGGUGACAUACUGCAAAGGACUAAUCAGUGUUUUCCACUUUUUUUUUUAAUAAUUUUUUGUGAUGAGUUGGGAAUUGCCUACUACAGUCUUGUAUAUGUGGUAUUGACUUUUUAUACCAGCUUGUCCAGCAUCAAGUGGAUUCACUGGAGAAUAUUGUUUUCUACUGAACUGUUUUUCACCAUCAUGGUCCAUGAGGCUGUCACCUCUUAUAACUGCAUGCAGGCAUGCAUUUUGAACAACUUUAUCGUAAGUUGUAGGCUAUGUGCAUUAUUCAUAUAUUUGUCUUUUUUUCUACAACCAAAGAAAGUACUGUUGGGUCAUAUUGGACUUUAAUCUAAUGUUCCAUCUAAGAUUUUGUGGCAGUUUCAACUAUCUCUGAAUAAAGGGAAAAUACUAUAUAAUUGAAAACACA